UGACCAAAAAUAGGAAGCUAUGUUAUGAAUUGCCUGAAGAAAUAAAGAAUUUCCUUUCUUCUUCACAUCAUGAGCAAGUUCAUUACCUUCAUUCAGGGCAGAGAUAAAAUUCAAAUUCAUAUUCACUUCUGUAACAGUCUCAAGUGAUUUGGAGUUGACAUACAGUGCAUAGACCACCAUGUCUCAGCUGUUUUUAUGCUUAUGGUCUCAAGAGCAGAAGGAUGCUUUAGAAGCUUCAGGAGAUAUUUUUGGCAGAAAUUUAACAAGAUUAAACUCCUUGGUCAUAAUUGGACAAGUUCCAGCACUCAGGUUUAUUCCUUUGUAGGUUUUGGGACAAUUUUCCAUUGAAUUACAAUGUUUUUUCCGUACUGUUAAUAGGUAGAUGUGCAGAAUCUCCUUGAAUUUGGUGUCAUACCCAGUUUGGGUGGUUGAGGUGCAGGCCUUUUUGUUUGUGUAUUCGCUUUUGCUCUCCAAACCAUGUGACAUCAGUGGUAGCACAGUAGUAAGAAAUCAAAAUGGUUUUCAUUAUUUCAGGAGGUACAAAAUGGAUAAAGCAAAGAAUAAUUGUAAGAAGAGCCUUGGCCAUAUGGAUCUUGUAGUACCUUUGGGCUGGAUGAUUUGACCACCUCAAUAAAGAGGCUACUAGAAACUCUUCAGUUCUUUCUUUAUAUGGUUUCACAGGAUGAAAAACAACUCUCCCUUAUCCAGGAGAGGAAACUUCUUUCUCCUACCCAGGCUAGGCAAGUCUGUCUUUCCCUCUGUGCUUUUAAGAAAUUAUCUGUCUUGUUUGUGCCUAAACUUGCUGCUGAGGCAUCCCACCAAGUGAGUCACCACAUCUUCCUGUUCCUUGCAAUACUUCAUUUUGCCCACCUUUCCUGUCUCAAAUCAGGUCCCAGAAAUUACCUCCACCCUCCCGCCCACGAGGUUUUUAGCACUUAAGACUCCGUGCAUACCGAUCCCCUGUGCCGAGGCUGAUGGCAGCUACUCACAGGUGCUGCCAGGUGGAUCAAUACCCGCUCCUCCAGCUCUCCACCACAGGCCCUGCUAGGGAAUGUGUGUUAGCUGUGCAAACCCCUCUAGGGAAUGGGUGUUAGCUUGAGGAAGAGACCAGAAAGGAGAAUAAGGAAUAGUAGCUAAAGAGAAAUGGGUGAGCAAAGCUGUUUUACAAUGGAGCAUUUUUCCUAGAAGAGUCUUUUGGCAGGGCAGGUGAGAAAUAGUGGUUAAUGGUGUAUCUGGCAGCAGCAGGGUGAGAGAGCUUAAGGUUGUCACUGAGAGCAAGAGCACUGGGAAGGCAGAAACACUUAAAAACCAAACCAGUGAGGUUUUGUUGAGGAUACAGAAGGCUCGGAAGGCGGCCAGCAAGGGGAGAGAGAAAGGUGAGGAAGCUAAGUAAUGUAAAGAUGCAAAAGAGAAGUUAUAUUGCUGGAUAAGAUUGCAAUGUAAUUUGAAAGACCUGAGGGAUGUCAUGCAGCAGCAAAUCUGGAUGUACAGAAGCUACUGGAUUCACUAUGUGGCUCAAGAAGUGUGCCAUGGAUUCACAUGGGCUUGUGAGUGUCAGGAGCCUGCGUGCUGGAGCCUGGGUGUGUGGUGUUAGUUAGAAGUGGUGCAGCCCCCUCUGACAUCUGUGCUUCUCUUACUGCCUGGACGGUGUUGGAUCCACAUUUUACACAGGAUCUUUGCAGCUUCUUCAAUUUAUAAGGAAUCUAGUUGCUUCACAACGCAAACCAAGCAAUGGUACUUGAGGAUGGGAAUAUUUUAAAAGGACAGCCCUGGCUGCAGACAAGCAUACCAGUGUAUUGGCAAAAGGAAGAUCUUUUGUGGACCAGCAUGUCACUGUCUUGGAAAUUGUGCCCUAAAUCCUCCUUCCACCAAGGUUGGUUAAUUUGUUCUGUGGGAAGGUUGUAAACAAGUAUCUGGUGGGCUUCCCUGAGGUUCUAGAGUUAUGCACCUUUAUAUCAUCUGUGAUGCAUGCAAACAGGCAGAAGGGUGGCUGUAAGGGGUUGAGCUGGGUAUUCUCUAAAAAAUACUGAAUUAAAUUAUUGAAAUUUGAUAGGCUAGAAGGAAAAACAGGAUUUUCUUUUGCAUUUCAAUUCUGUAGUUGAAUAUGUGCGAAGAUAGAUGGCUUGUUACUUCACCACAGUGUAUUUUGUAACCCUGUAAUACAGGCUUUUUUGGCAAAUUUAUGGUAGAGAUAGAGUGGAGGGAGCAGGUUAAUUGUCUUGUCAGUCCUUGCCUGCUGAAACUUGCAUCUUCAUUUCAUAUGUGUUAUUAUAAAAUAAAAUAGAAAAAGCCUGACUUGCACCUCAAGCUUCUGUUUCACUCAUUUGCUCAAAUACCAAAAUAAGACAAUUAUCUUACCAUGAAAUAGAAAAUCUGAGUGAAUAAGUCACAGAUUUGUGCAAACAUCAGUUGGAGAAAUGCUUCAUGUGUAUUAAUAAGAGAAGUUUUUAGGCGAUCUGAAAAACACACCCACCUACUUCUGUACUGUAAUUUAUUGGCAGGACACCCUGUGAAAACCAGUUGUCCCAUUGACAAGGCUCCGUAUUGGCAGCAUCUAAUUAUCUAACAUAUAUUAUUACUUAUCAUGUUUUUUCUUUCUUGUCCCCUGGUGACCAAAUGCUUAUCAAUUACAAGGAAGUGGGUGGAGUUAGGGUGGGACAAAGGGUAGAAAUUACUUUAUCACUCAGAGUAUCUGUAGUGUCAGUCUUCAGUGAGCAGCAGCCUUCUCCUAGAGACAGCUUUGGCUCUUAGAAUGUGUAAUUUUUCUUUGCCUCUGUCUCUUGAAGCUUGCUAGAUUCUGCACUACAGAUGAGCAUAUAUUCUCAGAAAGGCAGCUGGUUGGCAUUUUGGAGGGACAAACAUGGAAGAAAGUAGAGAAGGUCAUGGCCUUACAGAAGACAAGAUUUUGUCUAUCUGGAUGAUUUUGUUUGUGGCAUUAAUUUUGUUGCCUUCAAUAUUUCGAGUGUCACUGGGGAUUUCUCAUUUCUAUAUGAAAAUUGUAGUUAAAAUGUUAGAGUGGGCCACCCUGCAGAUUGAGGAAGGAGUAAAAAAGCAGAAGGCGAUGGCACCUGAAAAUUUAAUCUCCACUGGGAUCAUCCAGAGAGAUGAGACUCCCAUGGAAAAGGAGGUUGUUGGCCGCUGCCGAGGAUGUUUCAGCCUUGCUGAUGUCAUGUACUUCUCCAAGAAGGGCUGUGAGGCAGUUGCGGAAGAUGAAGUCACUCGACGGUUCUCCUCUGAGGAGCUGCUGUCCUGGAAUCUCCUCAGCAGAACCAAUGCCAACCUGCACCAUGUCAGCUGGAAACUGGCUGCUGUGUGGGUCACUGGCAUCCUAAUUCGGUAUUGCCUCCUGCUGCCUUUCCGCAUCUGCUUGUCUAUUUUCAGCAUCCUGUUGCUGAUGUUGGCCACUACUGUAGUAGGACAGUUUCCAAAUGGCAGAGUUAAAGGUUGGCUGAGCAACCAGGUCCAGAUGAUAUGUGCCACCUUAGGUGUCCGAUGUCUGAGUGGCAUUGUUCAUUUCCACAACAGGGAAAACAAACCACAGGAAGGAGGUAUCUGUGUAGCCAACCACACAUCUCCAUUGGAUGUCCUAAUCCUGGCCAGUGAUGGAUGCUAUUCCUUGGUUGGCCAGGUACAUGGAGGGCUUAUGGGACUUAUUCAAAAAUCCUGCAUGCAAACCGCUCAGCAUGUCUUGUUUGAACGCUCGGAAAUGAAAGACCGUCACCUGGUGAGGAAAAAAAUUAGAGAACACAUUGCAGAUAAGGCCAAGUUACCCAUUUUAAUUUUCCCAGAAGGCACCUGCAUUAACAACACAUCAGUAAUGAUGUUUAAGAAGGGAAGCUUUGAGGUAGGAGGAACCAUCCAUCCAGUAGCAAUCAAGUAUGACCCCCGCUUUGGAGAUGCCUUCUGGAACAGCACAAAGCAUUCCAUCAUGACCUACGCUUUUAAUGUGUUAACCAGCUGGGCUAUUGUCUGCAAUGUGUGGUACCUGCCACCGAUGGUCAAAGAGGAAGAAGAAGAUGCUGUUCACUUUGCUGACAGAGUCAAGGCUGUCAUCGCUGCUCGGGCAGGAAUGUCUGUGCUUCCUUGGGAUGGGGGACUGAAAAGGAGAAAGGUCAAAGAGUCUUUCAAGGAAGAGCAACAGAAAAAAUAUUGCCAGAUAGUAAUAGAAAAUGGAUCUGUGGGAAGCGGAAGUGUUUGUUAAAUGCUAUUUAUUUUAUCUCAUUUUUCCAUGACUUAUCUCUACCAGAAUAUAGACUGGCUUUAUAUUAAACCAAACAUGUUUUUCUUCUGUCUCUGUAAGAUAUUUUGCAUGUGACACAACAGGGAAACAAUGAAGAGAUAUCCUUAUUUAAAGCAAAGUACUAUAAUUUUAUAAAUAGGAAAACAUAAAAUAUGCUAAUAAAAUUCUCCUGAUGAUGAGAAGAACAGUAAAAUUAAUUAUGUUCAUUAAAAUAUGACUUUAAAAUAUUUGCAAUACCUUGAGGACUUGAAUGGUUACUUAUAAUAAAUCACCUCUGUACUGCUAGACUCUCUCUCAGUGACUUAGACUAGCAAUGCUCCUGUGAGCCACAGUAACCAUGUUGCUCUGGAGAUAGAUCUCCAGAUGUCAGAAGACAUGAAGCAUUUCACCAAAAUAUGUUUUCUGAAUUGCAUAUUAGAGAGGAAGUGUUGUAUGUCAGAGGGAAAAAGCAGAUGCUGACUUUCUCCUCCAUGUCACAAGACCAGGGAUGGCAUUGUAGAAAGUUUUCUGCUGUGACAAAGAGCAGAACAGUGCCCAAGGCAUCAUGUCCCUGAUGUCUGGGUGUGUGAAGCUGAGGUAAAUUAAUCACAGCCAAGGACAACGUCAUAGAAAAUAUCCAGUGUUUUUAAAUCAUAUCUUGUGGUUUUGCUUGAUCCCUUUUUGAGUCUGUUUGUAUGCAUUACACCAAUUAAGGAAAACCUAUGAUGUGAUAUCCACUGUCCUCUGCUGCUGUUAUUUCUGGAUAGCUGCUUGCUUCUGUUACCACUGGAUGUGAAGGCUGAGGAUUUGGCCUCUGACAAGCCCAUCCUCCAGGAACAGAGCAAGUGCACUUAAGGAGUAUGCAGUGGGAAUAUUUUCGUCUCAUAGCAUUUGUUGGUAUAAAAUAUUUGCUCUCCUGGUAAGUAGCUCUCAUAUCAAAGGAUCAGGCUUUUUUAACCAUCUGAGUGUCCCUAAUGAAACACACAAACAGCUGCUGUUUUGGCCAAGCUGCUCUUAAGACAGACCUUGGUAAGAACAGUUAAUAAUGUUUACAUGACAGCAGUCCAUUGGCUGAAGUCUCAGAAAAGACAGAGGAUCAGUCUUGAGAGCACAAAUACAUCCUACAGAGGGACAGAUGCACAGAUACAACUCUGCCCAGCCCUGGAGACUCUAGAAAAACAAUGUCCAGUGGAGGGGCUAACAGAAGUGAUAAUUGCCCUGGGCUACAUGGCACAGAGGUAGGACAGAACUGAGCUCUCCUCUUCUGUGGCCAGGCCUGGCAUUGCAACACGUAUGUGAAUUUCUUUGGUGGAUCUGUCAAGUCUAAGUGUUGGUGUCAUGAGUAAGCAGUAGGAGAAUCUGCCCUUUUGCACAGCUUUUAGCCACCCAGGCUAAAAGGAAAGCCACCAAGCAGUAAGGAAAAUUGCCUCAGGCUCUCCUGAUUUGGAACAGGUCUGCUUACUCUCAACUAUAGUAGAUGUGCUUCCAUGGCUGUUUAAGCUGUUGAUUUAUUUUUUAGGUAUAAAAAUGUGAAGAAAUGUGAUUGAAAAUCCUGACAACUCUCAAAUGUUUUUGGUGUGCCAGUGUUUAAAACUGGGAGAUUGUUUUUCUGUGUGACUGAUUUCUGAGAGUUGCUAACAGAGACUGCAGUAAGAGAAGUUUUGAGAGCAUUCUUAUGCACUGCUGUGUACUUUCUUCGUUCUCAGAGGUAAAAUGGGAGACUGAAUAGGGAAAAAGAGGGGCCAGACACGGGAAAAUAUGGGGAGAUAAAGAACAACAGCUGGAUGAGAAAUUUUCUGCUUCUGUAAGAAAUUAGGAGAUUUAUGUGCCUUUUUUCCCUGUCCUGCAACACUUCUCCAGCUCAUCAAGAGUAGUCUUGGAAUGUGUGAUCCUCAUUUUGGUUAUGACUCCAAGUUGUGUAAAAGUAAAGCUCAGACCUCUGAA